AUGGAUAAAGGAGAAGUGGAAAUCCCUCCCAAGGAUGAAGAAGAGCUUCUUCUUGAAAAGCUCGUGUUUGGAGACAAACUGGGAUUUGAAUCAAAUUUAAAGAAGGUUGACAAUUUAUUUGAUUACUCUGAAGACGAAGAAGAAGAUAUUGAUGAAGGGGGAAGUGAUCAGGAUAUAGAUGGGGAUGAUGAAUUGGGAGAUAUUCAAGACGAUGAUUUGUUCUUCAUUGAUGAAGGUGAUGCCAUGGAUGUGGAUCAAGAAGAAGAAAACAGCGAUGAAGAAGGACAUGAUGAUGAAAGUGAAGACGAAGAAGAUGAGGAUAAUGCUUGGGAAGAUAGUGAUGAUGAACAUCUUGAUAUCCUGUUAACUUCUUCAGAUAGACUAAGGAAGUUACGAAAGACUCAACAAGACUCUACAAUUUCCGGCAGGGCAUACAUCACAAGGUUAAGAUCACAAUUUGAAAAGAUUUAUCCAAGACCAUUGUGGGCCGAUGAACAACAGGAAGAAGUAGAAAACUCUGACGAUGAAAUUAUUGACGAAGAAGUUGAACCUGUCCUGAGAUCAACCAAUGCACUUUUAAACAUCUUAUCUACUACUCAAUCAUUUAUAAUCACCAAACAAUUAAAAUUAAUCUCGCCUAAUAGAAUCGCGAUAUCCCGUUUGAAAGAUGCCAAUUAUCAGAAAUACGCCAAGUCUGCCAUUCAAUCCAUAUCAUUCCAUCCAACCCACCCUUUCUUACUCACCGGUGGUUUUGACAAGACUAUAAGGGUAUACCACAUUGACGGUAAAGCUAAUAAUUUCAUAACAUCAUUUUUCCUUAAAAAUUGUCCUAUACAAACCGUUCAAUUUGCACCACCUGUACCUAAUGGAAACAACUUAAUCUUUGCUGGUGGAAGAAGAAGAUACAUGAACAAAAUUGAUUUGAAUAACGGAGACGUGGAAAAGAUUAGUAGAUUAUAUGGACAUGAACAACAUCAAAAAUCUUUUGAAUAUUUCAAAAUAUCCUCCAAGGGAACCUACAUAGGUUUGACUGGUAACAGCGGUUGGUGCAACAUCUUGAAUGGUGCCACUGGACAGUAUAUUAGAGGAUUUAAGAUUGAAGGAACAAUUGUUGAUUUUGAAUUUGCCAAUGACGAAUCAUUUAUAAUUAUUGUCAACUCGGCCGGUGAAGUUUGGGAAUAUGAAUUGGGUGCAAAUACCACUUCUAAUCAAAAAGGCAACAAAAAACAAAAGAUUCAUAAUAAAAUUCUUAGAAAAUGGACUGAUGAUGGUGGUAUAGGUAUAACCAAGAUUAAACUUGGUGGUCCAAAGAAUAGAUGGGUGGCAAUUGGUACUAAUAAUGGUAUCGUCAACAUAUAUGACCGUAACGGUUUUACUGAAACUACCGUACGUCCUAAGCCAAUUAAGACCGUUGAGAAUUUAAUCACUUCGAUUUCUUCGUUGGUUUUCAAUCCAGACGGACAAAUAUUGUGUGUUGCUUCCAGAGGUAAAAGAGAUGCCUUGAGAUUGGUUCAUUUACCUAGUGGUUCCGUUUAUUCUAACUGGCCAACCAGUGGUACACCUUUGGGUAAAGUCACUUCAGUUGCAUUUUCUCCUAAUAAUGAAAUGUUGGCUAUUGGUAAUGAAGCAGGGAAAGUUACUCUUUGGAGACUUGAUCAUUAUUAG